AUGUUCGGUCUCAACGCCAUAGUCAAGCACAUCGCCCCUGUGUUCAUCGCGACCAGCCCAAUCACCAGCUAUGCAGACCAAAUCUACUCAAUCCACAAGACGCGCAGCAGCGCCGGCUUCUCGCUGGACAUACCGCUGAUCAUGCUGGUUGCUAGUAUCCUGAAGAUCUUCUACUGGUUUGGCGCACACUUCAGCACCUCUCUGCUCAUCCAGGCACUUCUUACCAUCUUCGUCCAAAUUCUGCUCCUGCACGUCGCACUCACGAACCGCGCACCACCCGCACACACGCAUCAGCCCUUCCAGCUCGCCCUCGCGCCCGCGCCACGCAAAAGACCCUAUGACUUCUGGCAGUGGCGCAGUACGCGCCCCUACUGGAGCUUCAUCACCUACUUCACCGGCGUCCUGCUGGUCCUGCACUUGCUGCUGAGCCCUACGAGCUUGUUCGUACCGUACACAGAACUGCUGGGCGCAGUCGCGCUGGCCAUCGAGGCGACGCUGCCACUGCCACAGUUGCUCGCGAAUUGGCAACGCCGAGGAUGCAAGGGGUUCCGGCCGAGCGUGAUUGCGAACUGGGUUGUCGGUGAUACGUUCAAGAUGUGGUUCUUCUUUGCGAGCGCCAAGGGGGAGGUGCCGUGGGCAUUCAAGGCGUGUGGUCUCUUUCAAGCUACUUGUGAUGCGGGGCUUGCUAUUCAAUACCUGGUCUGGGGCGAUGGGCCGGAGGGAGUUAGUGGAUUGGGUAGGGAGAAGGAAAUGAGGAGCCCACCACCAGAGAAAGAUACUUUUGGCAUGGAGAAGAUCGGCGAGGGCAUGGGAGCGGGCGUGGGGAUUGAGAUGGGCAAUAUACCGGCAUAUGAGAGGAGGUGA